AUGUCGUUAGAAAUGCCAGCUUUAAUAAAAAAAUAUACUGGAGACGUGGAAACUCACCAUGUAACUACCAAAGAUGGUUAUAUUUUGACAAUGUUUCGAAUUCCUCGAAAAAAUUAUAAAGGCGUUAUUCUGCUUGAACAUUCACUAGCAGUUGAUUCCAGAGCUUGGGUGGGACAAGGAAAUGAAUCAUUAGCAUUUUAUUUAUGGCAUGCUGGAUAUGAAAUAUGGCUAAGUAACGCACGUGGUACACUAAUUUCUAGUUUCCAUGAGAUUGGUUUUUACGAUCUAUCUAGCCAGGUACUGUUGGCUAAAAACUAUUCCCACUCUAAAAUAAUUUACAUUGGACACUCACAAGGAUCGUCGGCAGGUUUGAUUUAUAGUUCACUGCAUCCAAAAGAAGCAAAUAAUUCUAUCAAAUUACUUGUUUUUAUAUUAUUUCCAGUGUCACUUAGUUUACUGAAUUUACUGUUGUCCUUUUUCUUGGGGUGGACUCCGAAGCAAGCAGAUCCGGCCGUUCUUAAUUUUGACUGUGGAGUAUAUUUAAGUGAUUUUUCUUGGAAGUUGUUAUUACACUAUUUGCAACUCGUGAAAUCUGAAACAAGAUUUCAACAGUUUGAUUAUGGCAAACAAAGGAAUCUAAAGUACUAUAAAUCCGAACUUCCACCACGCCCAGGGUUAGGGACGCCGCACCCCUAA